GAAUACCCUGAAGUCCCCCAACAAUUCAAUUUGUAUCGACAGAAGACAGAAGAUAUACAUGUACAUAUUCGGCCCGGGAACUUGUUAAUUGUCCAUUAUUCAAAUAAUGUCACGCUAGCCUAUAUAUGGCUUUAUAAACUCAAUCAUCCUUGUCUGCGUUUAAAACACCUGGAUGUCAGAUCAAAACGAUUCACUUCAGAAACGAUAUCCUGUGAAAUGCUGUAGUGUGAUGAUCAUAGAAAGAAUAGGAGUCGUAUCACUCCCUAACCUCUCAAAGUAUGUGUAGUUGGAGAUGUUAGUAAAUGCUAGUCCAGUAUGGCGGAGCCAGAAGAUGACCGAAUACAUCUUGCCCAGUUAAGAGAUGAUUCUAAACAGCGGCAAUUAACGUUUGAGAACAACUGGCCUUCCGACAAGUCCUUCAUCCCUGUGGAGGAGUUGAUACGGGAGGGGUUCUACUACAUGGGCAGGGGAGACGAUAGUGUCCAGUGUACAUACUGUAGGGGCAUCAUCAGGAACUGGGUACAGGGAGAUGAUGUCUAUCUGGAGCAUUGUAGACUGUUUCCACAUUGUCCAUUUGUGAAAUCUGUGUUCAAAUAUCCCCAGUAUUGUGAUGUUGAGGCUAGGUUGGCAUCAUUUAAAGAUUGGCCCUCUCAGCUGAAACAACAACCUCGGCAGAUGUCAAAAGCCGGAUUUUAUUAUAUUGGUGUAGGAGACAAGGUGCAAUGCUUUUGGUGUGGGACAGUACUGAAGGACUGGGAGCCCAGUGAUGACCCUGUAUUGGAGCAUGUUCGCUGGUCCUCCAGCUGUAGCUGGAUGCUCAUCAUCAAGGGAGAAAAUUUCAUACAAGGAGUCCUUACGUCCCAGUCAGCAGAAACACAGACAGUCAUCCGACAACCAGAAGAGGAUGACCCGCUGGAGCGUGCUCAACAGAUGGGAUAUUCACCAGAAAAGAUACAGAAGGCUGUUGAAAGAUUAGGAUCUGGCUUUGACCUGCAGUCAUUGUUGGAAACAAUAAUGGACCUUGAGAGUGUUCCAGUCAUUAUUCCACAAGAACCAUCUGGACCAGACUUAAGUCCACCGGAACGUGUGGAAAUAUCUCCCCCUUCGAUAUCCGGUGCUCAGGCUGUCAUCCCCAAUCACCCUUCAAUGGAUGAAUUACAGCUUCAUUCCUUGACAAGGGAGAACUUUUCUCUCAAGCUGCGUACCCAGUGUAAGAUUUGUAUGGAGGAAGAUGUGUGUGUCGUGUUCCUGCCCUGUGGCCAUUUGGUCUGUUGCUUCUCAUGUGCAUCCCUCCUGCAGGAAUGCCCAAUCUGUCGGGGUCGAAUUGAAGACAAAGUACGCAUAUUUUGGUAGAUACCAAUUCAAGAUACAACUGUACCACAAUCGGGGAGAGGUACUUCCAUUGGCUAGGCAGCCUAUGACCAGUUGGUUAGAGCAGUAGUAUACAAUAUUAGGUCCAGAAUUCCAAUCCCGAUCUACACCCGCUGGUGUUUUACACCAGUACUGUUGUUGAUUAUAUUUUGUUUAUUUCAUCUGUAUGAUUUUUUCAUAAAAGUACCACAAGGUAUAUUUUUCCUUUCAAAAAUGAUUUAUAAAAGCUAUAUUCAUGCAAUUACAAUUUUUGGUAGUAGUUAAUGGGGAUCCUUAAGUAUCGUAAAACACGUGUCUGAUAUUAUUUUGCUGCCAUUUCACUACUUGAAGAUCCUUACAUGGUGAUAAAUGAAUAAUUGACAAGACAUGUUAAAGUUCCCAUUUGAAAUUAACAUGUAAGUGUGUACUUAGAACAUUUGACAAGUGUACAUUUGGAGUAUCAUCCCGCCACCACUAACCUGGUUUUCCUUCUUUCUAGCUUCGUUAAUCCAGCGACCAAAAAUAUGGUUGUCCUUCUAUUCAGACUCAUAAAUCCAGCCACCAUUAAUUCAAUUAGUUCAUUAGUCAGGGUAUUAGGGACAUAUCGUCCCAUUAACCUGCCUUUGAACACAAAUGACUGGAUUAUUCUACUACAUCAUGAAAGCAUCUGAACUAUCUGCUGGGUUUCAACUGUAAUGCAGCAAAUAAAGCAUUUAAUUGCAAUAUAAUUGCCUCCGAAGUUUACACCAUAUUCGCUAUAUUGUAUUUUGUUAACUUGAUGCAACACCAAUGUAUUCUGUCCAACAUGAUCAAACCAUGAUGUGCCAUACUGUGAUAAAAUAUACAGUUGUGUUAGGGUUUUAGUCGUAGUAUUAAUGUUUCGGUUUUUAGGGUUGUUCAGUUGAAACUUAAGAGGUAUUUAACCGUUAUGUUAUUUGAUACUUACAUCUUAGUGGAUACGAAUGCAGAAUCAUUGAUGUUAUAUUUUAACAUUUUUCACCAGUUUGGGAAUGGGGACCAUCUUUUUGAGUAUUCAGUUGAAUUUAUAUUCUGGUACAUUGUAUAUUGUAUAAUUUUUUUACCUUAGAAAUCUGUGUAGGGCCAUGUACAUGUUUUUUCUUCUCUGAUGAAGCUGUUAAAAAGUCCACAUUAGGAUUAAAUAUCUAAGGUUCAUUCCUCGUAUUUUGGUUUCUCAUUUUUGUCACAUAAGUUCAAGAUUGUGAUAGAAAUAAACUGAUUUUUACAAAUCUUAGAGGAAAAUUCAUUCGCCCAGUCGUCUGUGAAAUUCAAAUACACAAAUAAAUCAAACAAGUGGCUUGUGAUCUGAAAACAAAGCUUCAACCUGGUUUGAUAUCCGAUCAAUAAAACAAUUGGCUUUAGCAGUAGACCACUUACCUUUCGGUCAAGUAACAACUUAUAUAUAACUAUAUUGUAGGAGUCUGGAUUGUGAACAGAACAAGUCUUUAACCACUGAUGCACGAACAUGGUGCAUUUUAUUUUUGUUAACUGAAAUAAUAACCGUAUACAUGUACCUACACAAUAACUACUUUAUUUGGCUAUAACCCAAGGGACCAAACAUGAAAAGCUGUAAUUUAUUACCCCUUAACUUAUCUACAUGUAAUACAACAGAUAUGAUCUAUGCAAAAUUAGUUAAAAGAUGUGCAGCAUUUAUGUAGUAGUUCUACAUUUGUAUAUGCUUUUUCUCACAGAUAUUUGUUAGUAAAUGUCGAUAACUGGAAAAUAUAGGACAUAUAGCCCACACCACAUGCAUGUAAUUCAAGCUAUUUCCAGAAGUACUAGACAUGAAAAUUUUGGACAUGCCCCUCAGAACCCGCCCCACAGAAUCCCGGGCGUCACCACCAGGAUUCGAAAAUAAAUAAAACUUUUCCCAAGGAUGCUCCUGACCUUAAGUUACAAUAGAUCUAUAGAAGCUCCAUCGCAACAUCACAUCACCGGGAGAUUAGAGUAAAGAAUUAUAAGAAUCAGUUGGUUAUUUCUGUUUAAAUACAAACGCCACACAAACCAAAUGAAGAGUGAAAAACAAUAGCUAUUUUAUAAGCAACUAUAUUUGAUAUUAUAAUUAUAUGACUUUUUUCCUUUUGGAUGUGAUUAAUGAACUACUUUUUUUUAUCUUUGAGAUAUGUUUUUUUUUGAAAGGACUAUAGUUUUAUAAAAUGUUUUUAUCCUAGAUAUAUACGUUUAUUGAAAGGGAUUUAUGGUGUUUUUGCUGUACUAAGUAUUUUCAUCUUAGAAUAAAGUUUACUUGAAGGGACUCAAAAUAUAGAAGUAUGCUAUUAUCUUUGAUAUGUUUAUGUAUGUGUUCUCUCUCCUUGCAUUUCAACAUUUCUGUUGUGAUGUCGGUCACUUAAAUGCUAUAUAUACAUAUAAUGUUCAGGUUGAUAUCUUUUUGAUUUAAGUGUCACACAGUGGUGUACAAAGCAUAUAAAGCGCUCGUUUGAACAGUUAAAUGAAUCCACACUAGGUGAUUUCAGUAUCUAAAUGGUGAUAUGUUUAACGGAAUCAGAUAUAUAAUUCAUCCAGACAUUCAUCAAGUUGUUUAUUGUAAUGUAUGUGUAUAAAAAAUUAUACAUGGUAUCUAAUAUUAAUUUAAAAGUUUUUAUUUCAAACUCAACAAAAAAACACACAUUUGAGACGAUAGAUUCGAAAUAUAGGGGAACUGUUAUCUAAAAUAUUUUGUUUAGAUUGUAAUACUAGUACUGCACAACAGGUUUAUAUGAAUAUAACACAUUUUAUGAUAACACACCUUUAUAACAGCAUAUUUUAUUAGAUUGAGUUCACCACACGAAGUUGAAAUUAAUCAGCGUGUUUCUUUCUCGACCUGGAGUUCCCUAGCCAUGCUUCCAACAUUUUUGACUUCACAAGAUAAACGGAUAAAAGAUAUCACCCCUGAGAUCUGAGUAACUGAAACAGACAUUACUAACUGUUGUCCUCUUCUAUUUCGGUAUACAGAAGUAUGUAUCACUCUGUUAGUAAGGGAACAAAUCUCUGUUUCUUUACUUCACGAGAAUGAACUAGAGAUGCUAUAUACGUUUUUUUAGCUAAGGUUUUAGCCGCAAGCUCUUGUUUGUGUUUUAUUUGCACUAAUUUAACAGUAAGUGUUUGAAUUAUAUAUAAACACUAUGUAAGUAAUAAAUAUUUAUUAAAAUCUCAUAUUGUGUUCUUAGUAUUUCUAUUAUAAGUUUUAAAAUUUAUGUAUUACGAUAUGAUGUGAAUAAGGUCUACCAACGUUAUCAUUAUUAUUCUGAAGAAAACAAAUCUUGCUUCUUUUUCAAAAUUGAUUCAUCUCAAAUUGCACGUGUAUUUUUAUAGUUUUGGUGAUCAUGCAAUAGUGAUCCCACCAGACAGACAUUUGAAAACAGUCAUUAGUUUGUAUUUAAGUACAUCAAAUGCAGUAGCUCAAGGAAAUGUCGUAUUAUGUAUAAUAGAAAUGUAAAGACAGUAUGAAACGUUAGAAAAUAAGGCAAUCAAAAUUAGGCUUGUGACCAGAACUGCUACAAUUUAUCAAUGGACAGUAGUGAGUUUAAAUGUAGAUAUGUGACAAAUAUUUCGUUAAUGAGUGACAUUUAUCCUCACAAUCUAUGUCAUCUAAUUUUUAACCCAAGGUGUGGUUUUCUUGCUAGUCUGAUAUUUGGAUGUCCACCUUACACUGCAACACGUACGAUCCUGCAAUUGAAAAAUAAAAGCUUUUCAUA